GUGAAAAAUUUGCAAUGUCUAGACGAGUUCCAACUAUUCUUUUCAUCGGCCAAUCAAAAGGCGAGGUUGCCAAACUGGUAACUGAUGUCACAAAAAUUGAAUGUAGUGCCGAAACAGGUCUCGCGAACCCAACAUGGAACGUUGAUUGCAAAUACUACACGGCCUCUCUGAACAUCAAAAUGGGUAGCUUUCAAACGAUUCCGGGAAGUCAAGAGUUGACCGAAGCUCUUGUAGUGUUAUUUGACCCUAAAAAUGAGUCAUCGCUGGGCGCCUUGUUCGCAUAUGCUGAUCAACUAAAGACUAAAAAACCGGAUGUUUGCCUUGCAGUGUGUGAAAACUUUGACGACGCAGUUGAAUCGUAUGAAAACAUUUCACAGUUUUGCAGUGAGUAUACAUUUGAGUUGAUUGAACUGUCGCCUGCGAGUAAGCAUGUUGCAGGGGGUGAAGCAGAGAAUGAAGAGUCGACGCGAUACGAAUCGGCCGAAGAGUAUGGAUCUACUCGGGUUCUCAAUGCGCUCCUCGCAAACCCCUGGACAGGAAUGAAGAGGAAGAAGUGGACUCCCCCUGGAAAGAAGACGGCAGAGGGCGAAGAGGAAGAGAAAGAGGCUGGGAAAGCAGAUGAAAAAGGAGCAGGGGAUAAGCCAAAAGCUGACAGUGAAGUUGACGCGCUUGUUAACUCAUGCGCUGGUCAAAUGGCAUCUGUCUUCAAAAAAGACGAACCUCCCAAAGCCUCUUCGGGCGCCUCUGCCUCGGCAUCUGGAAGCGUCGAUACAGGAAUGGACGACCUUCUGAGCAAACUAAAACAGCUCAAGGCCAAAGCAGCCGGUAUGACAGACGAUGAUAGGAAGAAAUACGCUGAAAGAGUGGCAAUGUCUUUUGCAGAAGCAACUGGUGUUGAUGAAUAGUACUUGAAAUGGUGACUGAAAAAUUGUUACGGAGAGCGGACAGCAUCGUGUAUUGAGCUUUAGAGUGGCCGUGCAAGUUUGAAUCCACGCAUGAAUUGCGCUUGGUGGUCAUCAAAGGCUAACUUAGUGGCGUGAAACUAACUGUAACAAUGGGUUUUAUCAGUGCAAGAACUGAUCUAAACAGUAUGAAUUAAUGAUUUAACUAACCAAUAUUUCAGGAAAUAGCUAUUUAAGAUUAAUUUAAUUUAUUCGAAGCUUCGCAUUUAAUUCAAUGAUUAAUUUUUUU